GUCACGCAGGGACACCAUAGGAUGGACCUUGACCACAGUUGAUUAGGUGCUGACUAGUUCGAGUUAGUUAGUUGACAUCUGGAAUAAAGGUUUGUGUCUGUGCAAUUCAUCUCAGCCGCGCUGGACAAGAGACUGAUACAUCACUUUUUGUGAUGGAGGGGGACCGUAUAACCACCCUGUCUACUCCUGUAAUGGUUGUGGAUGUUGAUAUAGUGAAGAGGAAUGCUGAGAAAAUGAGAGAACACUGGACCAAGCUGGGAGUCACACUACGACCCCACAUGAAGACACACAAGACCCUUGAGUGUGGUGAUAUAAUGACAGGUGGGUCUAGGAGUUGUGUCGUCGUGUCAACACUGGCAGAAGCCGGUUUCUAUGCCGACCACGGAUAUGACGACAUCCUGUAUGCCUACUCUGUGCCCUUUGACAAGGUUGAGCGCUGUGCGGUGCUGGCAGAGCGUCUGUCUCUGUUCCAGGUGUUGUUGGACCACAGAGAUGCUCUGGAGCAGCUGAGGAAGAGACCACUGACAGACGGGCGGGUGUGGCACGUCUGGCUCAAACUGGACUGUGACAACGGAAGAGCGGGUGUUCUGCACUCGGAGCCAGAGGCACUGAGAUUGGCCCAGGCCAUCUCUGAGUCAGAGGGGGUGGAGCUGACGGGGGUGUACGCCCACUGUGGGAACACCUAUGGCUGCAGAGGGGCGGAGCAAAUACAUGCUGUUGCCCAUGAAACAACCACCCUCGUACUGCAGUUCAUGGAGAAACUGAAGGAUGUGGGAAUCAGCUGUAAGUCCAGUAUAGGCUCCACCCCCUCCUGCAGCCAGCCAAUCAGUGACAUGGCCAAGCUCAGCGAGGUGCAUCCUGGGAACUACGUCUUCUUCGACGUGCAGCAGUCUGUGAUUGGUUCGUGCGGUCUGGAGGACGUGGCUGUCAGGGUUCUGAGCAGGGUUAUAGGUCACUCUCCUCACAGAAACCAGCUGCUCCUCGACUGUGGCUGGUCUGCUCUCAGUCUCGAUGGAGCUGGGAAACUGCCCACUGGAUACGCUGUUAUAGAGGGACACCCUGACCUCAGGUUGUUGUCUAUGACCCAGGAGCAUGGCAGAGUAGAGCCUCUCUCAGGACAACUGGACUACAGCAGAUACCCCCUGGGAACACUGCUGACUAUUAUACCUUACCAUGCUUGUGCAACAGCCAUGAUGCAUUCUGUGUACUACGUCCACUCUGGAGGUCGGCUGGUGGGAAAGUGGACACCCACACGCGGCUGGUGAUCAAAGGAGCAUCAUGGGAAAUGUAGUACUGUGUGGGUGUGUAGUCCUGGAGGGAAUCAGCCUGAGCAAAGAGCUGGACAGAAUCACUAAUCACCUUGAAGCUCAAAUUACUUAUUAUGUGAUGUUGGGAAAUGUCCUUCCUAUCUUUCGUGAUGUCAUGGUUUCUACUGUUGUCCGUCCUGCAUUGGGGCGGCACUAUACAGCCGUCACUGACACUAAACCAUGUUUUACACUAAUAAAUUAACCACUUUCCUUAAACCUUUUGUAUUCUCCAAAACUGGAUGGUCAUUGUUAGUAAUAGCAAAUAUACACUGUACAAAACAUUAGGAACACCUGCUCCUUCCAUGACAGACUGACCAGGUGAAAGACAUGAUCCCUUAUUGAUGUCACUUGUUAAAUCCUCUUCUAUCAGUGUAGAUGAAGGGGAGGAGACGGGUUAAAUAAGGAUUUAAGCCUUGAGAUGAUUCUGUGUGCCAUUGAGGGAGAAUUGGCAAAACAAAAGAUUGAAGUGCCUUUGAACCACAGCAGACUGGUGAUUGGAGGACGCCUCAUAAUGGCUGGAACGGCAUGAAAACCACGUGUUUGAUACCUUUCCCCUCUAGCCAUUACCACGAGCCUCCCCAGUUCUAGGCGCACCAGUUUGAGUCAAGAACUGCAAUGCUGCUGGGUUUUUCACGCUCAACAGUUUCCGGUGUGUAUCCAGAAUGGUCCACCACCCAAAGGACAUCCAGCCAACUUGACACAACUGUGGGGAAGCAUUGGAGUCGACAUGGACCAGCAUCCCUGUGGAGUCCAUGUCCUGAUGAAUGGAGGCUGGCAUGAGGACAAAAGUUAGUGCAACUCAAUAUUAGGAAGGUGUUCUUAAUGUUUUGUACACUCCGUGUGUGUUUUCCCCUAAUGUUAUGUUAGUUCUGGGCUCCCAAGUGGCACAGCAGUCUAAGGCACUGUAUCUCAGUGCUAGAGGCAUCACUACAGACACCCUGGUUCGAUUCCAGGCUGUAUCACUACCGGCUGUGAUUGGGAGUCCCAUAAGGCGGCGUACAAUUGGCCCAGCAUCGUCUAGGCCGUCAUUGUAAAUAUGAAUGUGUUCUUAACAGACUUGACUAGUUAAAUUUAAAUAAAAAUAGUUGAUUAA